AUGGCUCCCAAACCGGACACGCCGUUCCGCUCGGCGGACAUGAGCAUGGUCCAGCUGUACAUUUCCAAUGAAAUUGGCCGCGAAGUCGUCAAUGCUCUGGGCGAGCUGGGUCUCGUGCAGUUCCGCGACCUCAAUGCCGACCUGACCGCCUUCCAGCGCGUCUUUACCCAGGAGAUCCGCCGCCUCGACAACAUCGAGCGCCAGCUGCGCUACUUCCACGCGCAGAUGGAAAAGGCGGGCAUCCCGCUGCGCAAGAUCGACCCAGAUGAGAACCGGCUGCAGCCGCCGACGACGGCCGAGAUCGACGAGCUGGCCGAGCGCAGCCAGAGCCUGGAACAGCGUAUCUCCUCGCUCAACGAGAGCUACGAGACGCUGAAGAAGCGCGAGCAGGAGCUUACCGAAUGGCGCUGGGUGCUGCGCGAGGCCGGCGGCUUCUUCGACCGCGCCCACGGCAGCGUCGACGAGAUCCGCGCCAGCACCGACGGCAACCCCGACGACGACGCCCCGCUGCUGCACGACGUCGAGCAGCACAUUACCGCGCCUGAGGUCGAGCGGUCAUUUUCGGGAAUGAACAUUGGUUUUGUCGCUGGCGUGAUUGCCCGUGACCGGGUUGCUGCUUUCGAGCGCAUUCUGUGGCGCACGCUCCGCGGCAACCUGUACAUGAACCAGGCCGAGAUCCCCGAGCCGCUGAUCGAUCCGACCAACAACGAGCCCGUGACGAAGAAUGUCUUCGUCAUCUUUGCCCACGGCAAGGAGAUCCUGGCCAAGAUUCGCCGCAUCUCGGAGUCCAUGGGCGCCAAUAUCUACAAUGUCGAUGAGAACAGCGACCUGCGUCGCGACCAGGUGCACGAGGUUAACGCCCGCCUGCACGACGUGCAGAGCGUGCUGCGCAACACCCAGCAGACGCUGGACGCCGAGCUGACGCAGAUCUCGCGCUCGCUGGCUGCUUGGAUGAUCCUAGUCGCCAAGGAGAAGGCCGUCUAUAACACGCUCAACCUGUUCUCCUACGACCGCGCCCGCCGCACCCUCAUCGCCGAGGGCUGGUGUCCGACCAACGACCUCCCGCGUAUCCGUGCCACUCUGCAGGACGUGACCAACCGGGCUGGCCUGUCGGUGCCAUCCAUCAUCAACGAGAUCCGCACCAACAAGAAGCCGCCGACCUACCUCAAGACAAACAAGUUCACCGAGGCCUUCCAGACUAUCGUCAAUGCCUACGGCACCGCCACCUACCAGGAAGUCAACCCCGCCAUCCCGGUCAUCGUCACCUUCCCCUUCCUCUUCGCCGUCAUGUUCGGUGACCUGGGCCACGCCCUCAUCAUGCUGUGCGCCGCCCUCGCCAUGAUCUACUGGGAGAAGCCCCUGAAGAAGGUCACCUUCGAGCUCUUCGCCAUGGUCUACUACGGUCGAUACAUCGCGCUGGUCAUGGCCAUCUUCUCCGUCUAUACCGGUCUCAUCUACAACGACAUCUUCUCCAAGUCCAUGACGCUGUUCAAGUCCCAAUGGGAGUGGGACGUGCCCCCGGAUUACAGGCCGGGCAUGACCGUCGCCGCCAAGCUCCGCGAGCCGACCGGCUACCGCUACCCCUUCGGCCUGGACUGGCGCUGGCAUGGGACGGAGAACGACCUGUUGUUUACGAACUCCUACAAGAUGAAAAUGUCCAUCAUCCUCGGCUGGGCACACAUGACGUACUCCCUGUGCUUCUCGUACAUCAACGCGAAGCAUUUCAAGAAGCCCUACGACAUCUGGGGCAACUUUGUCCCCGGCAUGAUCUUCUUCCAGGCUAUCUUCGGCUACCUCGUUAUCUGCAUCGUGUACAAAUGGACGGUGGACUGGUUUGCCAUCGGGAAGCAGCCUCCGGGUCUGUUGAAUAUGCUCAUCUACAUGUUCCUGCAGCCAGGGUAUGUCGAUCCCAAUGAGCAAUUGUACCCCGGGCAGAGGUAUGUGCAGGUAUUCUUGUUGUUGCUUGCGUUUGCGCAGGUACCGGUGUUGUUGCUGCUUAAGCCGUUGUGGCUGAGGUGGGAGCAUAAUCGCGCUAGGAGCAAGGGGUAUCGGGAAAUUGGGGAGCGGGAUGCACGGGUAGUAGUGCAUGCGCUUGAUGAUGAAGAGGAGGAAGGGGAGAGUAGUCAUGUUAAUGGCAGGCAAAGUCUGGGUGAGGCUGGUGCUAUGAUUGCGCAGGAUUUGGAUCGGGAUGAUGAGGAUGAGGGACAUGGUGGUGGACAUGGCGAGCAUGGGGAGGAGUUUGAUUUCGGUGAGGUCAUGAUUCAUCAGGUUAUUCAUACCAUCGAAUUCUGCCUUAACUGCGUCUCCCACACAGCUUCCUACCUCCGUCUGUGGGCUCUCUCCCUCGCCCACCAACAGCUCUCUGCCGUGCUGUGGUCCAUGACAAUGGGUCCAGCGCUGAAAAUGACGGGCAUCGGCGGCGCCAUCUUCCUCGUUAUUGUCUUUGCGGCCUUCUUCCUGCUCAGCUGCAUCAUCCUCAUCAUCAUGGAGGGCGUCUCGGCCAUGUUGCAUUCCCUGCGUCUGGCGUGGGUUGAAUCGUUUAGUAAGUUUGCUGAGUUUGCCGGGUGGCCGUUCGCGCCGUUUUCGUUCAAGACGUUGCUGGAGGAGGCGGAGGAUUUGAGGGAGUAUAUUGGGUGA